CAGAGUUCUGYUGGACCUGAGGACCAGGAUCAGGAUUCAGGGUCAGAUGAGAAGAUGGAUCACACAGAGGGUCGUCAUGGUAACCAAGCAGGCCAAUCAGCAACAUCUGAGAGGUUUUCUUGUCUAAUCUGUGGAGAAAUGUUUUCAAAGAAAUCACUGCAGUUCUGUCAUGUGAAGGUCCACAGAGUCCGGAACGAGGACUCUGACAAACUGAUGUUUUGUUGUCCCACCUGUGGGAAAAAGUUCUGUAAAUAUAGUGUCUUAGUCAUCCACAUGAGGACUCACACAGGUGAAAAACCAUUUUCUUGUAAAAUUUGUGGGAAACACUUUUUAAAACAGUCAUCUGUAAAUCGUCACACAAGGAUCCACACAGGAGAGAAACCAUUUUCUUGUAAAACUUGUGGAAAAUGUUUUAAACAUCAAUUCGAUGUGAAAAGUCACAUGCGGAUUCACACAGGAGAGAAACCAUUUUCUUGUAAAAGUUGCGGAAAAUGUUUUAAACAUCAGUCCGAUGUGAAAAGUCACAUGCGGAUCCACACAGAAGAGAAACCAUUUUCUUGUAAAACUUGUGGAAAAUGCUUUCAUCGUCAAGCAGAUGUGAAAUAUCACAUGCGUAGCCACACAGGAGAGAAACCUUUUUCUUGUAAAACUUGUGGAAAAUAUUUCAAAUAUCAGUCAUCUCUAAGUGUUCACUUGCGAAUCCACACAGGAGAGAAACGUUUUUCUUGUCAAACAUGUGGAAAACGCUUUCAUCGUCAAGCAGAUGUGAACUAUCACAUGCGUAGCCACAAUGGAGAGAAACCUUUUUCCUGUAAAACUUGUGGAAAACAUUUUAAAUAUCAUUCAUCUCUAAGUCUUCACAUGCGAAACCACACAGGAGAAAAACCAUUUUCUUGUCAAACGUGUGGCAAAAGUUUUAGCGACAAAAAAUAUGCUAAGUAUCACAUGAAGAUCCACACAGGAGAGAGGCCGUUUUCUUGUAAAUUAUGUGGAAAAUGUUUUUACCGAAAUAAUCACCUUACUCGUCACAUGAAACUUCACGCGGACUGAGCUGAUGUUCUUCUGUCACAGGUGGAGAAAAGUUUCCCCAAACGAUCUAGAAGGGGUUUUACAGCCAGGAGAAGAAUGAAACGUUUAGAAUGUGGAGAAAAGUUACAUUUUUAGAUAUAAUUUCUAACAUACUGGCAGGCCUAAUAAAGGUGGUGUCACUCUUUUAUGUUAAAUCAAAUUGUAACACUUCAGUGGUUUGUCUGUCUAAAUGCAAUCAAAUGUAAUUAUUGACCUUGAAUGUGGCAAAAGCAAAGUGUCUGCCUAUAACUGUUGUUGGGUGCUUUAGACCUCCUGCCACCAAAGAGGCAUGGUCMUCUUUAAAUCUCUUUUGUCUAACAAAUUAUAAUGAGCCCUUAUUCGCAGGAGACUUCAUUUGGGACUGGCUAAAUGCAGUUUUGGAUGAAUUUAAGUCUUUCUGUGACUCUAGUAAUCUUAGCCAGCUGCUCAAUUUACCCACAAGGCCAAAUCUAGAAUAAUAUAAAUCCACCUGGAUUAAUUUGAUUCUAACAAAUUCUCCUCAUAAAUACUCAUCCUUGGGAAAUGCAAAGAUUGGAGUGAUGGUUGUGUUGUUGCUACAUCCAGGAACAGUAAAUUUAUGUAAUGCAAACCACGCAUUAUUAGUAAAAGGAAUUUUAAAAUAUUUCAGGAGCAAGCUUUUCACCAGGAUUUGUGUUUUUAAUAAUUGUGUGCAUGGCAUUUUAAUUGUGUAACUAUGUGUAAAUGUAUAUUUUUUGCUGCCUUUUGGCCAGGACUCUUAAUAAGAUACAAAAAGAUAAAAACAUUUUCCUUUUUAUGAACAAUGGGCC